UGACAUUGACAGUUAUUGUUUCACUUUGGUUUGAUAGGUUGUGUUUUGUGAAAAUAUACGAAAAUAAUUGCGAAAUAAUUCACGUUUGCUUGAAAUAAUAAGUGUUAACAAAUCAUUUAUAGACAGAAAGAAGAAGAAAAUGGCUUUCUCCAUGAUGCUACGCAGACCAGUCUGCUCUGGUCCAAUUAUGCAGCAAGUCAUGAGACUGGCAACCCAGCCUGCUGUGAAACCCAACCUUACCCAAAACACCAUUCAAUCACUUAAGAGCACCUUGUUGAAGACUGAAACAACACCUAUUAUGAAUUCUGUCCGCUCAUUCCGCACGUCAGCCGUGCGGUUUGCGGAGGGCAAGUCGGGCGACCACUCCAAGCUGUGGGUGGUGGAGCGCGUGGCGUCUGCAGCGCUGCUGCCGCUUAUACCGCUCGCGCUCAUCGCUCCCAGCAAGAUACUGGACUCUGCGCUCGCUAUCAUCAUGGUGGCCCAUAGUUUCUGGGGCUUAGAAGCGAUAGCAGUGGACUACGUGCGUGCCAGCAUCUUUGGUCCAGUGAUCCCCAAGAUUGCGAUCGGCUUAGUGUACCUCGUCUCCAUAGCAACCCUCGGAGGACUCUUCUACAUCAUCACCCACGACGUUGGGCUAGCCAACUCGAUUAGACAAUUCUGGUCCAUUAAAGCUGGACAGAAAGCGUAAAAAAAGAAUUUUCUAGAAAUACGAUUGCGUACUGGUUCACUCUUAUGCCGGGAACAUUACGAAAAUCUUAGGGCAGUCAUACACGUAACGAGUUAAUUGCGCAAGUAACUUGCACUAGUAUAUUGUGUAUACUAACGUGUAUUGGAUGAUAAAGUCCGGAUAUGGAUUUAAGAUCUAUUUACAAAAGAAAUAUUAUUUACCCCGAAAAUAUUAAUUUUAGAACACGUUUCUUAAACAUUUUUAAUAUAUUUUCGGUAAAGAAAAUAACCGAAAAAAGAGUUAUGGGAAAUACUUCCGUGCACCCUGUAUGAUUGUUGUUGUUAUCUAAUAUAAAUUGGUUGGUUGGUUGGUUUAUAUAAUCAUUAUUUUUUUAAAUAAACAGCAUGUAACCGGCUAAUAGAGGACCAGUUUAACGUUUUUUUUAGUUAAAUAAUAUUAAUAGCAACGAAAAAAGUGAAGUUGUUAUGUUGACCGGUAAAUAGCGAUCAUUAAAUUAUUUUCAUUAGAAUUUUAAGUAUAGGUAGUUGCGGAUUGUACAAAUUUGGUAUACGCCAUAUUUCAUUGUUUUUAAAAGAAACAUUUUUUUUUUUAGUUUUGAAUGUUUUUUGUUUGUCGUUCGGCUAAACGAGGCUUCAAUAGUGAGAUAUUUAAAAUAUGGUUGUGACGAAUGUUAUAUCUUUACUUUGUCAAAAAAAAAAACUAUAUAUAUUACUUGUAAUUUUUUAAUAUGUCUAAUAGGCAAAGAUCGCUUGUCAUACAGCCAGGGCUUUUAUAUUAGGAUCUGUGUAAAAACAUAGAUCUUAUUUACAGGUUUUAUAGCUCUGUAUUUUGUCACAUUUCUAUGAAAACUCAGGACAUUCGUUGCAACUGUGAAUUUCGGUAUUAUUAAUAUUAACAUGUAUUUAGUGAAGAAGAUAAGCUUAACUAACGACACAUUAUGGUUUAUUCCUUUACAAAAGGAGAAUUUUUUUUUAUUAAAAAUAAAUUGUUCAAAAUUUUCCUGUUAAAAGUACUUAAUGCUAAGCAAAAUUAAUUCAUUCGUCGGUUGUUCUUCAAUCAUUAAAUGAUGUAAAUAUUACUUCAACUCUUUUCUGUUGAGAAAUAUUUUAAUUUCUAUUAUUUUCGCAGUGAGAUAUUAUAUAUUAUUUUACUGCCAUGAAUACAAGUUUUAUAAAGGCCUUGCAUAACAAACUUACAAAUCUUAGUCAAAGACUAAAAGAUUUUUUUUUCAUUAUAUUACGCUUUUAGUAAAAAAAUAUCAUUUUAAGUGUAAUAUUAUCGCAUUGUUUAAAUAUUAUAUAUUUUUCGCUAGUUUAUCGAUAGGUAAACUGUAAUAAAAGUAUUAUUAUUUCUAUUAAUAAUAAUCCAUUAAGAACCUUAGAUCAUGAAUUAUAAAAUAGUUUAAAUACAUAAUUAUAAAUACUUUCCGAUGUUUAUAUCUUUCUGUUUAAUAACAAGUCGCAUAAUGGUUUUUAAAAGUUACAAAAUAUGGGGGUAUUUUAAAAAUUAUUAUAUUUUUUACAUUUAUUUUAAAACACCAUGUUAUAAAUAUUCCUGUCGGAUGACUAAAAUAUUAUGAAGUGUAUUGAAUGAGUGUUAAUUUAUUAAAUAAACUUUUUUUUUAGUUUGAAA